UUUAAUCCCCAAGUCAGCACCCAAAAGUUCAUAGCAAAAGAAAAACAAAAACAAAAACAAAAAAAACGUUCAAAACAACAAAAAGGGAAAUUGAAUUUUUUUCUGCAAAUUUUGAUGGCCAGAACUAUUGUUUCAACCCAAUCAAAGAUCCCCAAGAAGGUCUUUUUCUACGUUUUUAAUCGGUCGUUGAACACCGCCGCCUCCUCCUCCGCUGCCGCCUUCACCGCCGCCGCCACCUCCCCUCCGCUGCCCCUCAAUCUCAAUUCUCCGACCACACCCACCGUCGAUUUCACCGACACGAGAGCCCUUUUUGGGUCUCUCCCUACCUCCGACCUCCUUCAUGCCGCCACUACCCUCCAUGCCGCCGCCAUCGGCCCGGUCGUCGACGUCGGAAUGUGGGUUAUGAAUUCUAAAUUGAUGGAUGUUGAAUUGGUUCGUGAUUUGGUUUUGGGUACCGUUAAGCAUACAUUUUACCGACAGUUUUGUGCCGGUGAGGACGAUGCCACCGUCGCUAAAACUGUCAGACGGUUGCACGAUGUUGGGUUGAGAAGUAUGCUUGAUUAUGCUCUUGAAUAUGCCGACGACGAAGCAUCGUGUGAUCGGAAUCUCGAUGGCUUUCUUCGAACCAUCGAGAUAACUAAAUCGCUUCCACCUGGUUCUGCAAGUUUUGUGGUGACAAAAGUGAGUGCAAUUUGCCCAUUGAGAUUGCUUGAGAGAGUUAGUGAUUUAUUAAGAUGGCAACAAAAGAACCCUAGCUUCAAUCUUCCAUGGAAGCUAAAAACUUUGCCAAUUUUCUCUGAAUCAAGCCCUCUUUACCACACUCUUGAACAACCAAAACCCUUAACACAUGAAGAAGAAAAAAGCCUCCAAAUGAGCCAUGAAAGGCUAAUGAAAAUUUGUCAAAGUUGUGUUGAUGCCAAUGUUCCUUUAGCCAUUGAUGCUGAACAUACCAAAGUUCAACCAGCCAUUGAUUACUUCACUUAUUCAGCUGCUAUCAUUCACAACAAAGACCAUAUUCCAAUAGUGUAUGGAACCAUUCAAGCUUAUCUAAAAGAUGCAAAAGAUAGACUUUUAUUAGUUAACAAAGAGGCUUCCAAAUUGAAAGUUCCACUUGGGAUUAAGCUUGUGAGAGGUGCUUAUAUGUCAAGUGAAUCCAAAAUCGCUUCUUCUCUUGGCUUUGAGUCUCCAAUUCACAAUACAAUUCAAGAUACACAUGUUUGUUACAAUACUUGUGCAUCUUUCUUGCUCGACAACAUCGCCAAGGGCUCGAGCGGAGUUAUUCUUGCAACCCAUAACGUUGAAUCAGGGAAAUUGGCAGCUACCAAAGCAUAUGAGAUAGGGAUGGGAAAGUUGAAGCAAAAGCUUGAGUUUGCGCAAUUGUAUGGAAUGUCAGAAGCCCUUUCUUUUGGGUUGAGAAAUGCAGGGUUUCAAGUGAGUAAAUACAUGCCAUUUGGACCUGUUGAUAUGGUAAUGCCAUACCUUUUGAGAAGGGCUGAAGAGAAUAGAGGCCUCUUAUCUACUUCAAAUUUGGAUAGACAACUUAUGAGAAAGGAGUUAGGAAGGAGGAUGAAAGAGUGCUUAAGGUGAAAGAAAGGGCCUUUUAGCAAUUUCAACAACCUACAACAAGAAGAAGAUUUGCAAUUUUUGUUUAUAGGAUCACACUUGUUUUUAAAGUUUCCUUUUGUUACUAUAUUCAUUUGUGUUUUGAACUUUUGGAAGUUUUAAAUGUAUCAUUAGAUAUUAUUCUGAAAUAAUAGGAGCUUUAUAAUUGAAAUAGCAAAUUGUAUGUGUC